GGUCCAGGAUCAGCUGGUCCAGGAUCAGCUCGGACUAGGCUGCAGUCACACCAGCUCCUGCUCCGCUGAACAUGGCGACCCAAGUCCUCCAGAGAGUAGGCAAAGGCCUGCACAAGACGAGACACGCCGUGCAGGCCGGCGGGCCGGUGACCGUCAGCACCAGGAACCUCGCAGGAUUCAAAUCUCUUUUUGUUCGAAAAGUUGACCCAAGAAAAGACGCUCACUCUCAUCUACUCGCCAAGAAAGAGGACAACAAUCUGUACAAAAUACAAUUUCACAAUGUCAAACCAGAGUGCCUUGAUGCUUACAAUGAACUUUGUGAGGCUGUGUUGCCCACCAUUCAUGCUGAUCCUGAAUAUCCUUGUGAGCUUGUGGGCACCUGGAACACAUGGUACGGAGAGCAGGAUCAGGCUGUUCACCUAUGGAGAUAUCGGGGAGGAUACCCAGCUCUCACUGAAGUCAUGAACAAACUCAGGCAGAAUAAGGGGUUUAUGGAGUACAGAAAUGAGAGAGGGAAGAUGCUGCAUUCUCGUAGGAACCAGCUGCUGCUGGAGUUCAGUUUCUGGAAUGAGCCCGUCCCUCGUCCUGGACCCAACAUCUACGAGCUCCGCUCGUACCAGCUCAGGCCAGGAACUAUGAUUGAAUGGGGAAAUUACUGGGCUCGUGCCAUUGAGUUUCGCCAGCACAACCACGAGGCCGUGGGAGGCUUUUUCUCACAGAUCGGAAGUCUGUACACUGUCCACCACUUAUGGGCUUACAAAGACCUUCAAUCGAGAGAAGAGACCAGAAAUGAAGCGUGGCAGCAUGACGGUUGGGAUGAGAUUGUUUAUUACACAGUCCCUCUUAUUCAGCACAUGGAGUCCAGUAUAAUGAUUCCCAUGAAAGGAUCACCCUUGAAGUAAGCAGAAAGCCCAGGAGGAACCUCUCAGCAGCCACUGCUACAGCUACACUGACCUGUAGAGUGCCACCAACUACCAGAGCGUGCACUGCCAGGGACAUUGGCGUACCCUAAACAUGCUUUUUUUUUCUCUGCUGUUUUCUGUCUAGGCCAUUUUUCAGAUAAUUGGGUCACAAUGGUUAUAAUGGUUAUAAAACGUGGCCUGUUAAAAUGGUUACUGAGUUACUGAUCUGUUAACAAGGUGUUUGUAGAUGGUGGAUAAUUUGUCUUUCUUCUCCUCUUAACUUAAAAAAGUAAAUGUCCCAAGUAUCUCAAAACCGAAACAUUGCAUGCAGGACACAAUUUGUUGUCAAGUGGAUUACGUUACAGGGAAAUCAGAUUCAUUGUGUGUCCAUUUCCCCCCGUCUGUUAUUUUAAAAGGUCACAUGUUUACAAGACUUUAACCAUCAGAUUGUGGUGUGUCAUUGUGAAUGCUUCAGAACUGUUUAUCUGGAUGAUGGGAUUCAUGAUGUUUCAUUAAGAAUCUCAUUUGCUGAAAUUCACAAACAUACCACAAAGUGUCAAGAAAGAUGGAUUUGAUACAUUUUUCAAUCCAAAUGGUCCCAUGAAUAUUAUACUGACAUCUGCCUCAUGUCUCUGCUUUGCAAAAGUGAAAAAAUGAAUCCUAGUCCGUUCUUAACUUUAACAUCCAGAAUUCUCUGGAUCUUCCAGGUAUGAAGAGUAAAAACUGUGAUUCAAGUUAUUACAAAAAUCUGUUUGAUUAAACAUGGCUAAGCUGUAUUCACAAGAUACAGUAUAUUGCUAUACACUGACUUGUUUGGCCUAACCCUAUACCAAGCAAUUACUGUUAACACUGGUGACAGCCUGCUCUGAGAUGAUUUUUCUUUCUUUCAAAGGUCAUGUUGUAGGAAAACAUAGUGGACUUAUGAAACAAGCCAAAUAUGUGGUCAUUUGGUAUCUGUAAAUGAGUUGGUAUCUGUUAUUAAACAGGUGGACUGGAGAGGAGCAAUAUCUGUGUGGUAAAUGUUAAGUGCAGUGGUUUAAUAAUGCUAGUUGUAUAUAUUGAAUUAAAUUUCUGAUGAAUUGAAAAAAAAAA